AAGUAUACCCAAAAAAACCCAGCUCCCUCUAGGCUUCACCAUUCCUGUCUCACACAAAGCAAGCUCUGCCGGAGUGACCGAACAACUACCUCCGCUGCUCGCCGUCGCUACAAGGGUUAGCUGAUUGUUUUGGUUUCUUCUCUCAAAUUGGAUACAACUCACCUUUGAUUCACGUUGGUGUUGACUUCAUUGAAGUCUUCUCCGUUUACGGUAGGUGUCUAUGGCGGCAGAUUCAAGAAAACGCACAUUGGAGGCUUUGGAGAGAAGAAUUGCUGUUGCCAAAAAUGAUCUUCUCUUAAAAGAAAAGAAGAGCAAAAAAGAUAUAAAGGAUGAUGGGAAACCAACCAUUCCCGCAGUUUCUAUUUCUAAUGGUUCUUCCUUACAUUGUCCAUCAUCAGAUGCAAACAAGAAAGGGAAUAUCAGUUUUUAUGGUCAUGCCACUUCGCAAGACAUUGAAGAUGGUCCUGCAUAUGAUCAACUUUCUCUACCUAUAAAUGAAAAUCUGCUGACAACCAAUGAAGAGUUUUCUGCUGAAAGAGGAGGUUCAAUUAUUGGAAUGUUGCACGAGCUUCUUCAGAAGGGAGAUGCAGCCCCAAAGUACAUGCAAGGAUCUAAAAACAUGAAAAUUGACAACUGGAUCCUUCUUGAUAAUUUUGUACAAGGGCGUACAGUUUCUUCUGGUUCUCAAACAAGGGCUUUGCGAAUCCAUUCAAAACGCUCUAAGAAACACAUGUCCAUGAAACAACACAAAAAGUAUGGAUCAUUGGAUCUUCCGCAAGAAUUCCAUAAGUUUGAUAUCUUCAAGCCAAUGCAUGAAAUGUGGAAAGACUAUAUAAUGCAGCUUCUUAAAUCCACCGGGAAAAAUCAAUUGGCUCAAUGUCUCCUUGUUGCAGAUCUACAUGGUGCUAAUAUUUUAGUUGUGGAGUGUAAAAUCAAACAUUUGACUGGAACUUGUGGCAUCAUGAUUCGUGAAACUUCUGAAGCAUUUGGGAUAAUUACCGAAGAUAAUAAAUUUCGAGUUGUUCCCAAAACGGUUUCUGUAUUUUAUUCCAAGCUGAUUGCUGGAAAGUCACUAUGCACGGAGAUAAACUCAGUUCAAGAAAGGUCGGAUUAUGAUAUUAGUGAUGAUCCUUCAAUUGUUAAGUAACAUCUUCAUCCUUUGUAAGUUCUUUUGUAUAAGGUAGUCUAAAAUUUCCAUUUGCAUGCAUGUAUCUGUAAUCAGUCAUCAGAGAAACAAUAAGUGGAUGGAAAGGGGACUGUUGUAACUCUUUAACCACACGUUGAAAAGAUAAAUAAAAUGCCGUGCCAAUAGAAGCAGUUUUUCUA